UUGGUCUAAACACUCCCACCAACAAGUGGUGCCGGAUUUUUGUCAGUCUCCUCUCUUCCUCACGCUUGUCUAUACCCACAACAUUAUACAGGCACAGCCUUCCUCCUCUCGUCUCUUCGCCUCGCUUGUAGCACCAGCAGUUUGUGUUUCGCAUCCCCCUCUACCUCCGACCCCUCCUGAAUUCCGACCUGAAUCCAGCUCCCCCCACGGCGUCGGCGUCGCCUUCUUCAGGAAUAUUUGGUUUCUUGACCGAAACCCUGGCGGUGGAAGAUGGAUGCCAACAAGGACAAAGGGAAUGACAAGAUGCAUUUGAGGGAUUGGUCGUCCCAGGAGGCUCUGCGCACAUACAAGAGACGCCGUCAGCCAGAGCCUGAGCCUGAGCCCAAGCCCGUGGAUGUGCCGGAGCAGCAGGUUAAUGAUACUUUCUGGAAAAGUAGGGAUAUUGGAUGGAAGCACGGGAUAAUGAUUGAUGAAAACAGACAACACUGGAAGUGUAUGUAUUGUCACCUGACUAGGUAUGGUGGUGGUGUGUCUAGACUCAAACGGCAUCUUGCUGGUGAUUUGGAUGUCAAAAUGUGCCCAAAGGUUCCAGCAGAUGUUGCUGAAAAUAUUAGGGAGCAUUUGCAGAAGAAAAGAGAGAGACGAAAGACGCGAGCUGCACAGAAUGGUGUCAACAGUGUGACCAGGAGCUCUGCUGAUGAUACCAAGGCUGAGAAGGAUCCUUUACCUGUUGACUUAGAGGUGCCAACUCGAAUAGACACUUACAUUCUUGAAGAAGGCACUAACCUGACAAAUGCGGAUCAUCAGGAGCCUACCAUUUUUAGGCCUCCCUUGUUGCUACGAGGGGUAAGGGAUAUUGGGUGGGAGCAUGCGGUGGAUCUUGAUGGAAAUAAAAAACGGUGGCAGUGCAAGUGGUGUGAUUUAUGUCGAAGUGGUGGGGUAACUACAUUGAAGGCUCAUCUUACUGACAGCAGCUGCCCAAAAAUUCCAAUGGAAAUGUCAAAGCAAGUGUUGCACUUCGUUGAAGAGAAAAGAGCAGCACGACAACUUUUUAAUAGGGACCCAUGGCCCCCUUACAAGAAAAUUGAUGGGGUUAGUCUUUUUUGCUCAGAAGGGAAAGAGGAGGGGACUGUAUCAUAUAAGAAUGGUCAGCAACCUUCAAAUAAUGGUAUGCAUAUGCAAACAUCAGGGAAUUGCACUAUUGACGAGUUGGCAGCUCGAAGCAACCAGUGUGGUACAGAACAUAGUGGCCAACCAGUUGAGGAUUAUGAACAGUCAAAGAAAGGCAGUGAUUGCGCAGAGGAGCAGUUGCCAAUCGAGAAUGGCAAGCACCAUGUACUAAAUAAUGAGCACCACAUUGUUGACAAGAACAAUGGGAAUCCACAAAACAGAGAGAAGUUGAACUUAGAGUGUGAUAACUCAAUACAAGGUGCCGUAACUACAUUGAAGGCUCAUCUUACUGGAUCAGAAGAGGAAGGGACUGUACCAUGUAAGGAUGAUCAGCAACCUUCAAAUAAUGGUAUGCAUAUGCAAACAUCGGAGAAGUGCGCUAUUGAUCAGUUGGCAGCUCGAAGCAACCAAUGCGGUAAACAUCAUUGUGGACAACCAGUUGAGAAUUAUGAACAGUCAAAGAUAUGCAGUGAUUGGCCCGAGGAGCAGUUACCAAUGGAGCAUGAAAAGCAUCAUGUACUAAAUAAUGAGCACCAGAUUGUGGACAAGAACACUGAGAAUUCACAAAACAAACAGGGUGGGGCAACUACAGCGAAGGAUCAUCUUACUGAUAGCAGCUGCCCAAAAAUUCCAGCGGAAAUGCCAAAGAAAGUAUUGAACAUCGUUGAGGAGAGAAGAGCAUCACACCAUCUUUUGAAUAGUGAAAAAAUUGAUUGGUGUAGUGUUUCUCGCUUAGGAUCAGAACAGGAAGGGACUGUACGAUGUAAUAAUGAUCAGGAACCUUCAAAUGCCAUGCAUAUGCGAACAUCAGAGAAGUGUGCUGUUGAUGAGAUAUUGAAACAUCCUCGGAAGACCAGGUUUAACUUACGGAAACAUAUUGUUAUCAUUGAUGAAAUUGCAAGGCAUUGGAGGUGUAGGUACUGUGGUAUGGAUGGACAUGGCAAAACAUCUAGGCUCCAUUAUCAUCUUGCUGGCGUCUUUCGUCAUCCUAAGUGCACAAGUGUCCCUAAAGAAGUUUUUGCAAAGGCAAAACACCAUAUUCUAAUAAAGAGAAGGCCCGGGAUGAAAAAGACUGGGCAGCAAGCUCCUCCAGAGCCACAAAUUCUUGCGCAAUCCAGUGUAAUACUGGAGAACAAUGAUCCAGCAUUUAGCAAUCUUCCACAAUUGCCAAUAAAUGAUUUGUCGAGCGAGGUGCAUUCCAGUUACCCGACAAGGUUAAGGGACAAUGCAUGGGAACAUUCACUGGUUUUUGACAGAGAAAAAGGACACUGGAAGUGCAAGUGGUGCAGCUUAGAGGGUUAUCAUGGUGUAACUAGAUUAAAGUGGCAUCUUGUUGGCUGGCAAAAUCAUCCUCGAUGCUGUAAAAUUCCGGAAGAUGCCGCUAAGAGGGUUAGAGACCAAAUGAUAUCAAGGGAAAAGAAGAAAGUGAGAAGAUCAGGUCCACAUGCCGGUAUUGACAGUGGUGACAUUCUUUGCUCUUCUAUGAGUUCACAAUUUGAUGAAGAUCAUUUCACUAUAGCUGUGCUGAAUAGUAGUUCUUCCCAAGCUUUUGAUGAAGCUAACAGAACAUCAAAUACAUGCAACACGUUAUCAAAUACUAUAUCCGGUUCUCAGCCACUCAUGGAGGGGCCUCACGGAAUAUUAUAUAGUAACAAAAACAAAUCUGAGAUGCUAUCUAGAAGAAGUGACUGUUGGAGUCACUGGAGAUAUGUUUUGAAUGGACUGAUGCAUUUGCAUGGUGUACAGGAGGGUGCUGGCAUCCAGAGUUGCAUCCGUGAUGUCCUCCACAGUUGCUCUGAAUUUGAAUCUGGACCAGUUGUAUUGCAUUGUCUUAUCAAAUGCCGACAAUAUUUUUCUCUACUAUAUCAGCUCAGGGACAAAGUGGAAAUGGAUUCUGACAGAACAGUGUCAACGAAUACGGGUAUUGCUGAGUGCAAGAACGUUCUUGUGGACAUUUUGAGAUCAGAGGAUUUUGCCUUGUUAUGCAAUGUUCUUCGCAAAACUGUGCAUCAAGAUGAGGAAAGGACUAAGUAUUUCGAUUUUGGUGUGAUUGACUCUAGAAUGAAAAAUGGAGAGUAUGGGUGUGCACCUGAAAUAUUCAAAGAUGAUUUAAAACUGUUAUGGGAAAAUCUUAAAAUGGCUGGCCAAGAUAUCAUUGACCUAGCAAAUAAUCUUUCAAGCCUCACAGAAGCCUCCUACACAAAUCAGGUUGGAAGACAAAGAGGAUCACGUGAUUGUGAGGAGGAACUCAAGGGAGCUGUGUUGGGCAGCUCUGAACCCAAGAAAUUGGUCGAAUCAGCUACAUCAGUACCCUCCACCUCACAGGGAUGCCAACCAUUGGACUAUCCAGACCGAACAAAUGUUUCUGAUGUUCAAAAGGGCAGUGCCUGUGACCAAUGUGGCAAGGAGACAAGAGGUGUCAGCACCGUCAUAUGUAAUGUCUGCAAGUUAGUGUGUCACAUGUCAUGCAUUGAUCCUCCGAUACGAUCCACGUCGACGGGAAGCUGGUAUUGCAAAGGCUGCCGCAGUACCACCUGCAACGAAUCAGCUCAAGGAGGUUAUGAACCGAAUUGCGUGCAUGGAAAUUGUGUCCUAUGCAAAAGACUUGAGGUGUGCAGCCACCCAGAAUGCAAAGAACAGACACCUGUUGGUAAGUCAAGAGCAACUGUGCUUUCCAGUACUGAGGGUCGGGAACUGUCGAACAUUGACCCCGGUGGUUCAUGCAAGAUAUGUGGAACUCCUGAAGAGGAUGCCAAGAGAUUCCUCAUAUGUGGUCACAGCCACUGUCCAUACAAGUACUACCACAUUUGCUGUCUGAAGUCUAAACAGAUUGCUAGCGAUAUGCAGCGGGACAAACCGUGCUGGUACUGUCCAUCAUGCCUUUGUCGGGUUUGUCUAUCUGACAGAGAUGACGACCUGACCAUUCUGUGCGACGGCUGCGACGAGGCUUAUCAUCUGUACUGCAUAACACCUCGGCGUACUUGGAUACCCAAGGGGAAGUGGUAUUGCUCGCGUUGUAGCGUGGAGAGGGCAAAGGCGGGGAUGAGACGGUAUGAGAAGAAGAUGCUGAAGCAGCAUCGCAAGGAUGAUGAUGCGAGGCUGGAAAGUAGGAAUUUUGCAGCGGUGGAUUUGCUGCUUUCUGCUGCAGAGAAGCUGAGGGAGGAUGAGCAAGUGGUGGCUUGUGCAGAUUACUAGAGAAGGUAGAUGCUAGUAGUAUAUCAUGGUGUGGCCUCGUUCUUCUUUCAGUUGUGUAACUGGACACACCCGAAAGUCUUGGUGUUUUCUUGUCGUCAGAAUCCCCACCAUCGGUUUUGGAUCAAGUUGCUUAGAACCAGAAUGGCAUGUGAUGCUUGACCAGCAGAGGACAUGCAUCCUGUAGGAAGUUGGUUAGUUGGGUUCAUGACUUAUUUUGAGCUACACUACUUUCUCAGCAACAAAACUUGAAGAGAACUUGGGUAUUCCUGUACAAUGUUAGUGUUGUUGAAUGGAGUUUUUUCAAGGAUGAUCAUA